AUAAAGCUCCGAUUUGCCACAGCUCAGGCCAUAAUCAACUUGUAGAUCGUGUAAGAUCAACGGAACGUAGAAAUCUUUAUCGCGUGUGAGGAGAGGAUUUGCAUAAAUUGAGUCUGAGUGAUAAUGACCAGCUAUACUGACAAAGGAACCAAACCUGAAGCCGGCAAAUUCCUAAGCUUUGAUCACUUAACGUUUUACGUUGGUAACGCCAAGCAGGCGGCCAGCUACUAUACAACCCGUCUGGGCUUUGAACCACUUGGCUAUCAGGGAUUGGAGACCGGGGAGCGACGCUUUGCCAAGCAUGCUGUGCGCCAGAACAAGAUCGUCUUUGUGUUCGUCUCGGCCUAUACGCCGGACGAUCGCGAGCAUGGCCUGCACUUGAUGCGCCAUGGGGAUGGCGUCAAAGAUGUGGCCUUCGAAGUGGAGGAUUUGAAUGCAAUAUUUACCCUGGCCGUGUCCAGAGGUGCCGAGGUGGUGCGCGACAUCUGGGAGGAGAGCGAUGACAAUGGGUUCGUGAGAUUUGCCACCAUCAAGACGUAUGGGGACACCACUCACACCUUCGUGGAACGCAAGGGCUAUGCGGGGGACUUUCUACCCGGCUUCCAGCGUUCCCCUCAGGAUGCUGUGUCCAAGAACUUGCCAGCGACCAAGCUGAACUUUAUCGACCAUGUGGUCGGUAAUCAGCCCGACCUUCAGAUGGAGAGCGUGGCCUCUUGGUACGAGAGGAUUUUGCAGUUCCAUCGGUUCUGGUCUGUGGACGAUUCGCAAAUCCACACCGAGUACUCGGCUCUGCGCUCCAUUGUGAUGGCCAACUACGAGGAGACGGUGAAAAUGCCCAUCAAUGAGCCGGCCAAUGGCAAGAAGAAGUCCCAGAUUCAGGAGUAUGUGGAGUACUAUGGCGGCGCAGGUGUGCAGCACAUUGCCCUCAAUACGGAUGACAUUAUCCAGGCGGUUAGCAAUCUGAAGGCGCGUGGCACCGAGUUUCUGGCCAUACCGGCCUCCUACUACGAGAUCCUGCAGGAGCAGCUUUCGCACAGUCGCACCACAAUUAAGGAGGACAUGGAAAUACUACAGAAAUUGAAUAUUUUAAUUGACUUUGAUGAGAACGGAUACCUUCUGCAGAUCUUCACGAAGAACUGCCAGGAUAGGCCCACUCUCUUCCUCGAAGUGAUUCAACGCCACAAUCACAAUGGCUUUGGCGCCGGCAACUUCAAGUCCCUGUUCACGGCCAUCGAGAUUGAGCAGGCCAAGCGCGGCAAUUUGUAAAUUAUGUAUAAUAAUAUCAAAUGAUAAAUAUAUUGAAUUAUCCAGGUAAUUCAAUGGAAUGGCA